GAAAAGCGUUGGUUGGAGGGCGGGAAUACGGAAAAGAAAGAAGGCGGGGAAGAGACCAGAGAGAGAGAGAGAGAGAGAGAGAGAGACGAGAGAGAUAUGAAGGAUACCGAGACGACGGAGGAGGAGAGAGAGAGAAGAUACACUCAGUGGAAAUCACUAGUACCCGUUCUCUAUGACUGGCUCGCCAAUCACAGUCUUCUCUGGCCUUGCCAAUCUUGCCGAUGGGGCCCUGUCAUUGAACAAGCCACUUACAAGACUCGUCAACGUCUUUACCUCUCCGAACGGACAGACGGCACUGUCCCUAAUACACUUGUUAUUGCAAAUUGUGAAAUUGUGAAACCUAGGGUUGCAGCUGCAGAACACAUUUCUCAGUUCAAUGAAGAGUCGCGUUCUCCCUUUAUAAAGAAGUUUAAGACCAUUUUGCAUCCAGGCGAGGUGAAUCGGAUUAGAGAACUUCCUCAUAACAGCAACAUCGUGGCUACGCACACUGAUAGUCCUGAUGUCCUCGUUUGGGAUAUUGAAAGUCAACCUAAUCGUCAAGCUAACCUGGCAAGCCCCAUCUCUCGUCCAGAUCUGAUACUGACUGGGCAUAAGGAUAAUGCUGAAUAUGCACUAGCUAUGUGUCCAACUGAACCAUUUGUGCUUUCUGGAGGGAAGGACAGGUCUGUGAUACUAUGGAGUAUACAUGAUCACAUAUCCACUCUAGCAGGAGAUCCAAAAUCGGCAAAAUCUUCUAAAACAGGUAGCAUCAAGACCUCCAAGGGUGAUAGAAGUGAUGACAUGCCAUCCUCCAGCCCCUAUGUACAAGCUCGAGGAACUUUCCAAGGGCAUGAAGAUACUGUAGAAGAUGUGCAGUUUUGCCCCUCAAGUGCUCAGGAGUUUUGCAGUGUUGGUGAUGAUUCCUGCCUUAUCUUGUGGGAUACAAGAAGUGGUUCUACUCCUGUCAUCAAGGUUGAGAGAGCUCACAAUGCCGAUAUUCACUGUGUUGAUUGGAAUCCUGUUGACGUUGAUCUAAUACUGACAGGGUCUGCUGAUAAAACCGUUCGCAUGUUUGAUCGUCGGAACCUCACUUCAGGGCCUAUUAACAUAUUUGCGGGUCACAGUGAAGCUGUCAAUUGUGUACAGUGGUCUCCAGAUAGGUCAUCUGUCUUUGGAAGUGCUGCAGAGGAUGGCAUCCUGAACAUUUGGGAUUAUAAGCAGGUUGACAAGCAAGACAAGUCAACAGGCUUAUUCUUUCAACAUGCUGGGCACAGAGACAAGGUUGUUGACUUCCACUUUAAUUCUUCUGACCCUUGGACGAUUGUCAGUGUCUCUGAUGAUACUGACACGGGGGGCGGAACGCUGCAGAUAUGGCGGAUGCUUGAUCUCUUAUACAAGCCGGAAGAGGACGCUCUUGCUGAUCUGGAGAAAUUUAAAAGUCAAUUGUUAUCAUGAUCCUCUUGAUAUUUCUAAAUUCAAUUAACCUGUAAAACCUGCCUUUUUGAGAUCUACAACGUUCAUUACCAACUUAUUUUAGAAAUUUAUCCGUGUAAGAACACUAAUGUGGUGCUAAACUAUGUGAAUCUGUAGAAUCAGAAAUGGAAGUUUGUGGAAGAAGACAGUAAAGUAACAAUGGAGGAGAAGAGAAGAACUGUAUUUACAUUGUUGUGUGUACAAAACAGCUUAUAAAAUGAUGUGAUUUCUUACUAAACAA